ACUACGCAGCAACACAAGCUUAGCAAUGACGAUGAGCCAGCGCCAGUCCUCUCCUCAUGUUCUCCUGCUAGUUGCACUCGCACUACUCCUUCUGCCGGCGUUUGCUGUCGCUGCAGGAAGGGUGCUUGACGAUCUUCCGGACAGAUAUCUUCCGGACAGGCCCGGCCGUCCUAGGCCCAGGCCGAUCCCAAAAGACCCUCAGCCGAACCCAAACCCACAACCAUUACCAGGACCGAAGCCUGACCCAAACCCAAAACCUUUGCCAGGUCCACAACCUGACCCAAACCCAAAGCCGGAACCUGAGCCACAGCCUGACCCAAACCCAAAACCUUUGCCAGGACCACAACCUGACCCAAACCCAAAGCCGGAACCUGAGCCAAAGCCCCAGCCAGGGCCGCUACCUGACCCAAAGCCUCACCCUUUGCCUGGCCCACAGCCGGACCCAAACUCAAACCCACAGCCACUGCCAGGCCCACAGCUCGACCCAAAUGCAGAACCAAAACCGCCACUGGCAGAAAAUAAUGUCAAAGCAGGCGUCCAGCAGGAAUCGCUGGGCUGAGCACAAGAGCACGGGAGGUUCGGCGCCGGACAGCGCCAGCUAAUAUACUAUAGUCGUGACUUGUAUUGCCUGCUGGAGUGAAUAACUGGCCUAUGCUUUAACCCACGACCAUGAUCAUACCAUGCCAUGCUAUAUCAUAUGUCAGGUUCAAUCUAGGCUGGAGUACUACUACCAUGCCCAUGUAAAUCAUUAUACUCUACUAUGGAGUACGUGGUUGUUCUUAUUUACGUUUCUGGUCUGUCUGUGUGGUUGUAUUAAACUCUUUCAGAGUAUAACUAUAUGUAUGCGCUGAUUUAUACCA